AUGUAUCCUAGAAUCAUGUGCUCGCGUCUAGUUCAAGAGAACAAUCCGGGAAUGCAACUGUUGUUUUUGGCAUCCUUAUUCAGUGUUCCAUUUUCCGUGAAUACAACUGAUGCACUUGAACGUGAUUUAAAACGUGAGCGAGCUAGACAGGACACCUGUACAGUCUCACUGAUUUCUUUAGACCCUCAAGAAUCCAUGCAAAGAGCCGUUCAAUUUAUUUCCAUGGCAUCGUUCAACUCGAUUCCUCAUUCAACUUCUGGUAACCUUGUCAACGAGUUCGUCAUAAAGCACCAACCCCAAACUAUGCCCAUUAUGAUGCCGUCAAUGGCUCCUACACGGGCAGCCAUGUCAUCAUCAUUUGGAGGAUCGUCCGUUUCAUCUGUAUCAGAAAACCUUAGAUACACAGAAGGACAGGAUCGCAUUUCACCUGAGCUUAUCACUCCCAGCCCAGAGUUUGAUAUAGAUGCUGCAUUGCGCGGAGACCCAUUUGGCUCUACCGGUGUAUUUCCCAUCCCACCAGGAAACAACAUGGGCACUAAUGGCUCAUUUCCUAUCAAAAACUCUGUAAUGAUGGACAAGCUUGGAAAACUACAAGACUUUAGAGUUGGUCCAUUGACAACAUUAAAACGCGAUUCUAGCAACAGCAGUAUUCGCAGUUGCAAUAGUUCCCCAGACACUAAAGGACAGCAUGUUUGCCAGUUUCCAACAUGUGGCCGUCAUUUUAAAAGACAGGAUCAGCUUUUUAGGCAUGUGCGGUCACAUAGCACAUCGGCUACUGAAAGUCGUCAUAAGCGUCAAAACUCGCAUGGCUCACAAGGAUCUUUUUUGGACUAUUCUGAUACCGAAAGUGUUGAUUCGUUGCCCGUUCGAUUUACAUACGGAACAAACAUUGCUGCAAACCAAAACAACGCUUCAAUGAUUGUAAACAAUACGUAUCACCAACCUUCGCCUCUUGUCAUGAAUAGCGUACCAAUGAUGAUGAACUCCACCCCCGUCAUUAUGAAGGGAUCCGUAGCAUCCAAGCAUCCUGGAUCGACAAUCGUGAUGGGGAAAUCAGCAAUGCUGAUGGGAAAUGGAUCAAUGCUGAUGCAUCAAAAUACAAACAUUCCUAUGAAAAAUGAUCCAAGUAUUCAUUCAAGCCCGGUACCUACUCAAAGUGGCAAUACUAGAUCUAGCUCUCCCAAUAUCAAUUUGAUGCAUACCCAAAACGACUUUAUGCACGAUAUUAGCGCCAAAAAUCCAGAUCAAUCGUUUAUGAACAGCCUCAUCAUGGCCUCAAGACCGCAGCAAAUCCAAACAAUGCCGCUGUCGUACCCAGCCAACGAUUCAUCUACAAACCAAUCAUUGCCUACACCGACUACGAUGCUUGUUUCUUCAAUAAUCCAUGAACCCGACUCGGCCGCAAAUUUUGGAAGCAACUUUCUCACAUUUGAUCCCAACGAUUUGCUACAUCCAUUUGAAGCCUUGAACAAUGUGUGUGAGCCUCAAGCAUUUUUUAAUUAA